AUGUCCUGUACCCCAGUAUCCUGUACCCCAGUGUCCUGUACCCCAGUAUCCUGUACCCCAGUGUCCUGUACCCCAGUAUCCUGUACCCCAGUGUCCUGUACCCCAGUGUCCUGUACCCCAGUAUCCUGUACUCCCAGUGUCCUGUACCCCAGUAUCCUGUACCCCAAUGUCCUGUACCCCAGUAUCCUGUACCCCAGUGUCCUGUACCCCAGUAUCCUGUACCCCAGUGUCCUGUACCCCAGUGUCCUGUACCCCAGUAUCCUGUACCCCAGUGUCCUGUACCCCAGUAUCUUGUACCCCAAUGUCCUGUACCCCAGUAUCCUGUACCCCAGUGUCCUGUACCCCAGUGUCCUGUACCCCAGUAUCCUGUACUCCCAGUGUCCUGUACUCCCAGUAUCCUGUACCCCAGUAUCCUGUACUCCCAGUAUCCUGUACUCCCAGUAUCCUGUACCCCAGUAUCCUGUACUCACAGUAUCCUGUACCCCAGUAUCCUGUACUCCCAGUAUCCUGUACCCCAGUGUCCUGUACCCCAGUAUCCUGUACUCCCAGUAUCCUGUACCCCAGUAUCCUGUACUCCAGUAUCCUGUACUCCCAGUAUCCUGUACUCCCAGUAUCCUGUACCCCAGUAUCCUGUACUCCCAGUAUCCUGUACUCACAGUAUCCUGUACCCCAGUAUCCUGUACUCACAGUAUCCUGUACCCCAGUAUCCUGUACUCCAGUGUCCUGUACCCCAGUAUUCUGUACUCCCAGUAUCCUGUACCCCAGUAUCCUGUACUCCCAGUAUCCUGUACUCCAGUAUCCUGUACUCCCAGUAUCCUGUACCCCAGUAUCCUGUACUCCCAGUAUCCUGUACACCAGUGUCCUGUACCCCAGUAUCCUGUACUCCCAGUAUCCUGUACCCCAGUGUCCUGUACUCCCAGUAUCCUGUACUCCCAGUAUCCUGUACUCCCAGUGUCCUGUACCCCAGUAUCCUCUACUCCCAGUAUCCUGUACUCCCAGUAUCCUGUACCCCAGUGUCCUGUACCCCAGUAUCCUGUACUCCCAGUAUCCUGUACUCCCAGUGUCCUGUACCCCAGUAUCCUGUACCCCAGUGUCCUGUACCCCAGUAUCCUGUACCCCAGUGUCCUGUACCCCAGUAUCCUGUACCCCAGUGUCCUGUACCCCAGUAUCCUCUACUCCCAGUAUCCUGUACCCCAGUAUCCUGUACCCCAGUGUCCUGUACCCCAGUAUCCUGUACCCCAGUAUCCUGUACUCCCAGUGUCCUGUACUCCCAGUAUCCUGUACCCCAGUGUCCUGUACCCCAGUAUCCUCUACUCCCAGUAUCCUGUACCCCAGUAUCCUGUACCCCAGUAUCCUGUACCCCAGUAUCCUGUACUCCAGUAUCCUGUACUCCCAGUAUCCUGUACUCCCAGUAUCCUGUACCCCAGUAUCCUGUACUCCCAGUAUCCUGUACUCACAGUAUCCUGUACCCCAGUAUCCUGUACUCACAGUAUCCUGUACCCCAGUAUCCUGUACUCCAGUGUCCUGUACCCCAGUAUUCUGUACUCCCAGUAUCCUGUACCCCAGUAUCCUGUACUCCCAGUAUCCUGUACUCCAGUAUCCUGUACUCCCAGUAUCCUGUACCCCAGUAUCCUGUACUCCCAGUAUCCUGUACACCAGUGUCCUGUACCCCAGUAUCCUGUACUCCCAGUAUCCUGUACCCCAGUGUCCUGUACUCCCAGUAUCCUGUACUCCCAGUAUCCUGUACUCCCAGUGUCCUGUACCCCAGUAUCCUCUACUCCCAGUAUCCUGUACUCCCAGUAUCCUGUACCCCAGUGUCCUGUACCCCAGUAUCCUGUACUCCCAGUGUCCUGUACCCCAGUAUCCUGUACGCCAGUAUCCUGUACUCCCAGUAUCCUGUACUCCCAGUGUCCUGUACCCCAGUAUCCUGUACUCCCAGUGUCCUGUACCCCAGUGUCCUGUACCCCAGUAUCCUGUACCCCAGUGUCCUGUACCCCAGUAUCCUGUACCCCAGUGUCCUGUACCCCAGUAUCCUCUACUCCCAGUAUCCUGUACCCCAGUAUCCUGUACCCCAGUGUCCUGUACCCCAGUAUCCUGUACUCCCAGUGUCCCAGUCCACCAGGGUCCAGUAAUCACGUCUUACUUCUCCUGUCCCUGUGUUUCCAGCACUGUGUCAGAAGUAUUCAUAUCCAGUAG